AUGGCUCAGUCCACCUCGUCGGGCUUCGCACCGGUACCGCGGCCGAGCCAAUCGAAUCUCAGGACCAAUUAUCUGUUGAUAUAUAACCUGCUCAGCUGUUUUGCCUGGGCUUGGAUAUUGGAGAGAGUCAUAUUCGAAUUGUUUCUCAUCCAUCCAACCUCACUGGGUGAAGUAUUAUCGAGGGCCGGUCAGAUAGAUCAAAAGAUCGGAGGGUCGAUCAAGCUCAUCCAAUCCUGUGCAGCCUUGGAGGUCCUCCAUGCAUUAUUCAACUUGGUCAGAUCAGGAGUCUUCACUACUUGUAUGCAAGUCUCAAGCCGAUUAUGUAUCGUCUUGGCCAUCCUACCUGCUUUUCCUCAGGUGGGGAAAUCGCCUAUCUACGCCAGCAUGGUGCUGGCUUGGAGCUGCACAGAAGUCAUUCGAUAUGCCCAUUAUGCCCUUGGUUUAUUGCAGAUUAAAUCCGGCGCGCUGGAGUGGCUGAGGUACUCGACAUUCUAUGUCCUUUACCCCAUUGGGGCAGGAAGUGAAGCUGCAGUGAUGUUCCUAGCUUUCCGGGCGGCCAAGGCAGCCCAACUAGGACCUGCGACGACAUAUACGAUUCUGACCUUGGUUUGCAUCUGGCCUCCUUCCCUAGCAGUGAUGAUGAAGCAUAUGACACGUCAAAGGAAAAAAUAUCUAAAGCAAAGACGAACCACCAAAGUAUCCUGA